AACAAUUUGGAAGCAAGCCAGAAAUUUGCUGAUUCUACAAGCGGGGAGGGGGGUGGAAAAAAAGAAGAAGAAGAACAUUCCCACUCAUCGCUAUUUAUGCUUUUUGAACCCUGUCAUAAACCCUGAAAAGUGAACAGGAGACGAAAAAAUGGCGAGAUCCGGCGAUCUCCACUUCCACCGAUUCCCCCAGUCCAAAUCCGUCGACGCUGUCCGGUGGCUCUCCCCCUUCUCCGCCUUCGACCGCUUCGCCGCCGCCGCAGUCCACGACCCGGACACAGCCUCCUCCGCCCUCGAGAUCCACUCCCUCACCGUCGACGCCGCAAACCCUAAGAGUCCCCUCCUCCACCUCUGCUCCUUCUGGUCCUCCCCCUCCCGUAUCUCCUCCCUCCGCUCCUCCCAGACAUCUCACAAGCACCUCGUAGCCGCCGCUGCCACCCUCUCCGGCUCCCUCCACCUCCUCUUCGUCGACCCUGUCGAGGGGUCCAUCGACUCGGAGCUCUCCAUCGCCGACGACCACUCGCUGCACGCUGGCCCCAUCUCGGCCGUCGACCUCCAGGCCGGCGGGCAGGCGUGCGUGAGCGUGGGGGAGGACGGGAGGGUGAACCUGGUCACCGUUGGCGAGGCGAGGCUGGACCACCAGAGGGUCCACGACAGCCGGGGUUUGGUCUCCUACAUGGCCGCCAGGUGGGCGUCGCCGGCGGAAUUUGCGACGGGAGGGUUAGGGUUUGGGGUCCAGUGGUGGGAUCAGAGGAAGCCCGGAGGGUUGGUCUCUCAGUUCAAGGGAAACUGGGCACGAGGAAGUUUGACCGGCAUGGUGCAUUCCAUUGAUAUUCAUCCAUCACGAAAGCAUAUAUGUGUGGUUGGUGGCUCCUCUGGUACAGUAUUUGCUUGGGACCUUCGCUCGCAACAACAACCAAUUCUUCUCUCAGGAGUUAGUCUAAAUGGAACAACCCAACCCAUCUCUGAGAGUGAGGUUUGGGAGGUCCAGUAUGACAGCUACACUCAUAGCUCGAACAUCAACUCAACUUCUUCCACAAGAAUAUUACCUAUUAUGAUGUGUUCGGAAGACGGGAUCCUUGCAGUCCUUGAGCAAGGUGAGGAACCCAUCGAACUGCUAGCAGAGAACUCUGCUAUCAAUGCUUUUGACGUAGAUCCUCAGAAUCCAUCUGAUGUGAUUUGUGGUUUGGAGUGGGAAAGCAUAGGAAUCUUAACAAGAUCAAGGGAGACCGUGGCGAGAUACUGAAAAUUGAUGGCUUAGAAGGAAAAUUGUAUUUUUUGUGUCAUCAUUGGCGUGGAGACUGCUUUAACAGGAUCAGCAAAUUUCCUCCAGAGCUUCUCUCGCCCGUUUCAUCUCUAACCAUGUCAUCACAACAAUGGGAUAUUUUUGCUGCAGCUUUUAUCACUUAAUGUACGUUGUUGUUUCUGAGGUAAGACUCCCCAGAUGUACUAAAACAUUUGCACUUGAAACUUCCAAGAUGGACAAGGAAUCAGUCGUCAUAAUUUUAGGAAAAAUGUUGUGACAUCGCAAGGCAUUCUAAAGAAA